AUGUGGAUGUACUCGGGUCCUGAGGACACCGCUCGAACCCACCCGGAGGAGGUUGACGAGGACACGGCGGCCCAGUGGCUCAGGAGCAUUACCGGCAACAAGGAUAACCCCAGGGGGUCCAGGAGGAUUUUGCCAUUCGACGCCAACAAUGAACCAGAAGAGAUUUUCACCAAGAUGUACUCGAUGCCGUACAGAGAGCAGUACAAAGAAAGAGUUGAGAGUGAUCGCGAGAGCGGUGAUUAUCAUUAUGCAGAUGACAGUGAAGAGGGCAGUGAGGAGGACAACGAGGACUCUGGUAGCAGCGAGGAAUUCGACUCGCCGCCCCAUUCUGAACGGAGCUCCAAGCAGUCGCACGAUCCUGCGGCGUCGACUGCUCAGGCUCCUACCCCGAUUGCGCAACUUCAAGUUUCAGCUCCGCCGGCCACGUCGUCUAUUCCGACAUCUCCUCUAUUUGUUACUCAUCACGUCCCGAAGGACCAAGUAGGAGCUGGCAAGGAGGCCAUGAUCCAGGCAGGUCUAAUGAUGGACCAACUGAAGGUGGUGUAUGACACCAGCAAGGCCGCCUACGACGCCAGCUCUUCCCUCCAAACCAAUGUCCAUAAAUCUUGUGAGCUUGGGACCAAGUUUGCUGAUUUGGAGAAGAAGCAGAUCCAACUCAAUCUCGACCUGGAGUUAGCUAAGGAGAACCUGAAGAAAGCCCAGGAUGAAGUAGCUGUCAUGGGAGACAAAAUGAAGCAGGCUCUGGAUCAGAAGGAUCUCGAUCUUGCAGCGGCGCAGAAGACGGCGCAUGAAAAGACUGAACUAGCCGACAAGAAGUUGGCUUCAGUCGAAAAGUUAGAAGAGGAGAACGCCAAUCUGAAAACUGUUGUUGAUGAGGCAAAGAAAGAAGUCGUGCAACUGAAGGAGGAGAAGGUGGCCUUGGCUGACAAAGUGGAUGUUCUCACUCGGAAGAGGGAUGAACUAGAAGCUUAUCUGGGCAGUCUUGCCAAGAAGAUGUUUCUCAUACUUGAAGAAUUCUGUCAAAAUUUCAAAGAGGAAACUGGGCGGAUCGAGACUGGACUGGACCCCAUCAACUCCCUUGUCAAGGAUGAAGCUGCCAUGAACGUGUUGCGACUGGAAUCCUGCCUUGCCGGUGUCUUGGACUACCUUGCCCGACUGAAAGUGGCAUUGUCGCGGAUCGACAAGGAGCUCUAG